AUGCGUGCGUACGGGAUCAUUGUCACCUUCGCGGCAUUCGCUCGCAGCGCAGAUGCUGCUAGUUUCCUCAGAGUACGAGGUGACACACCACAGUAUUUCACCGACCCGUCUACAUCGAAGUUCUGUACAUGGUACCAUGAUAACGCCGAUGACUCUGUUGCGUGCGCGGAUGUUCCUGCACUCUAUGGCAUUUCCAAGGAGGACUUUCUGCGAUGGAAUCCUACAAUCGGCAGUAACUGCGCGGGCUACAACUCAUUCCAAUCCUAUUGCGUAGAAGCCUUCAACGAGCCCACGGGAUCCCCCACACCAACACCAACGUCAACACCAUCUUCAUCCCCAACAUCAUCUGCAGGAAACGGCAUUACAACACCCCAGCCCACCCAACCAGGCAUGGUCAGCAACUGCAACAAAUUCCACUUCGUAAAACCAGACCAAGGCUGCAGCGAAAUCACCGCACUGAAUGGAAUCACCUUCGCCCAGCUACUCGCCUGGAACACCGGCAUCGGAUCCAACUGCGAAGCUUUAUGGGCAAACACAAACGUGUGCGUUGGUAUCAUUGGCUCAACCCCAACACCCACUUCCACGCCUUCGAAAACUACUUCUCCCCCGACUACACCGACGCCGACGAAUGGGGUCACGACACCGCUUCCCACACAGCCGGGCAUGGUCUCUGAUUGCGACCGCUUCUACUUUGUCAACAGUGGAGAUAUAUGUGAGAAAAUAGCGACCUCAAAUGGCAUCAGCGUUUCCGACUUUGUGAAGUGGAAUCCAGGCGUGGGAAGUGACUGUUCGAAGAUGUGGGCUAACGCGUAUGUUUGCGUGCGUGUUAUUGGGUUUAGACCACCUACCACAACUACCACUAGACCUUCGACGACAACAACGGGGAAUGGGAUCUCUACGCCCACGCCUACACAAGUCGGGAUGGUGAGCAAUUGUAAUAAGUAA